AUGCAUCAUCUAUUUUUUGCAAAUCCCGCGCUCCAGGUCUUGGCGGAGUUCGACCAGGCUAUAGCGGAAUACACCGAGAAAGCCACCGGCCCCACCAAAUGGCCCCGCCUGGUUGCCUUUUUGCAGCGGCAGUACGCGCACGCCACGAGCGAGUGGCUGUCGCGGGAGGCGGCCGCGGCGGCGGCGCGGCUGGCUGAGGAGCGCGCGGAGGCGGCGGCGGCGGCGCGGGAGGCGGCGGGGAGGGUGCGGGAGUACGAGGCGCGGGCGGCGCAGGCGGAGGCGCGGGCCAGGAGCCUGGCAGCUUCUGAAGAGUCUCUGCGCGACCAGCUGGCGCGCGAGCGGCAGCGGCGCGCGCCGCUCGGCGGCGGCUGGCUCAACUUCGGCGGCUGCCUAGGCGGCCCCGGCGCGGCGGACGCCGACGCGGGCGCCGGCGUGCCGGCGCAGCCCGUGCCCGCGCCGCCGCGGCGGUGA